AUUAAUGCAACUUCGAUCUCUUACAGCCUAUAUGUGGUCUUUCACAUAUAUCUUCAUCUCUCUUGAUAAGAAAACCCUACAUAAGAGUGAGACAAAGAAGAAAAAAAACUGAAGCCAUGGCAGGCUUUAGCUGCUCCAUAUCUUUUGUAUUUAUUCCAUUUUCUCUAAUUCUUUUCUUCCUCUUUUUUUCCUCUUCCUUAAACUUAGACUAUUCCACUCUCUUUUCUUCUUCCUAUCUUAGAAAAAGCCACCACACAAAUCCACAGCAAGUAUCCCAAGAUGUGUUUCUUUCAACCAAUUGCAAUACAUAUAAGGCUGGUAAUAUCAAAAAAAAUAGCUUAAAGACAAUUGAAGUAGGUUUAGCUAAAGCAAGGGCCGCGAUACGUGAAGCAAUUCGGACAAGAAGAUAUAUGUCCAAGAAGAAAGAGACCUUUAUCCCUAGAGGUUCCAUUUACAGAAAUCCAUAUGCUUUUCAUCAGAGCCACAUAGAGAUGAUGAAGAGGUUCAAGGUGUGGACCUAUGGAGAAGGAGAGCAACCUUUAGUCCACAGUGGACCAUUGAAGGACGCGUACGCCAUAGAAGGGCAAUUCAUAGAUGAAAUAGAAAGCUAUAAAAGUCCCUUCAGGGCUUGCAAUCCUGAAGAGGCACACGUAUUUUUCAUGCCCAUUAGCGUAACCAAUAUUGUUGAUUAUGUUUAUAUGCCUAUCACCACAGACGCAGACUUCUAUCGUGAUCGUCUGCAAAAGAUUGUGAUGGACUACGUUAAGGUCGUUGCAAAUAAGCACCCUUACUGGAACAGAAGCAAUGGUGCUGAUCAUUUCAUGCUUUCAUGUCACGAUUGGGGACCAGAUAUCUCAGUUGCCAACCAUGAACUCUUCGAGAAUUUAAUUAGGGCCCAUUGUAAUGCUAACACCUCUGAAGGAUUUCAGCCCAUUAGAGACAUCUCAAUUCCUGAAAUUUACAUACCUAAUGGAAUACUUGGCCCACUUCUUCAGGGCCACGGCCCAAACAACCGCCCAAUCCUCGCCUUCUUUGGUGGUCAGGCUCAUGGAGACAUUCGUGAAAUCUUACUCAAGAAUUGGAAAGACAAAGACAGUGAUGUACAGGUCCAUGAGUACCUUCCUCAAGGCCCGAAUUACACCAAAAUAAUGACCCAAACUAAGUAUUGUUUGUGUCCUAGUGGAUUCGAAGUGGCAAGUCCUAGAGUUGUGGAAGCAAUAUACAAAGGGUGUGUUCCAGUUAUAAUUUCUGAUAGUUAUCAUUUACCAUUUAGUGAUGUCCUCAAUUGGGGUCGAUUUUCAGUACAAAUUCCAGUGGAAAAGAUUCGAGAAAUUAAGAAGAUUUUGCUAGGGAUUCCCCAUGAGAAGUACAAGAAAUUACAAAAGAAUGUAAUAAAAGUGCAAAGGCAUUUUGUGCUAAACCGGCCGGCUAAGCCAUUUGAUGUCCUUCACAUGGUGCUUCACUCGGUGUGGUUGAGGAGACUUAACUUCGCACUCCCUGCUUGAUUGGCUUAGGAGAUUUAAUGUUAUCUAGCAUGAUAACUUGAUUACAUUGAUCAGCUAUGUGUAUAGAACUUUUGUUGUUCGACUGAAUUCAGGGACGGAACCAGGAUUCAAACUUAAGGAGGCCAAAGUUCUUUGUUCAAGAAUUUUAAAAAGUUAGAAUAUUAAUACUAAA